AUGAUUGAAAUUCCAACGCUCGAAGAGCUGGGUCACUCAAGGCAAGAGCUCAAGGAGCUAGAGCAACAGUACGAUCGCUUGUCUCUCUCUGAAAGUUUGAGGCCUGAUAAUGACACCCUUCGAGAAUCCAUCCCAGGAGAAGAGAUCCCUCAGACACCCACUCAAGCAAAUGGUGAUUAUCCUGAGACACCAAACCAGGGACAUAUUCAGGCAGCUCCGGAAUUGGACGAGAACAUAGACGGUGGGUUUCCAGAGCAUGUAGAAGCUAGUCAUAGCUUCCAAUUUGGGGUCGCCACCCCAACACCACUUGGCCCUGCUUUUGAUUAUGAUCCGGAGCUGCCUGUGGUUUCUGCCCCACAGCUUGUCAAUACGCAAAUGUCCCCAUUGCCCUCAGAUCAGUACUUCCUGAGUAAGUACCAAAAACAAGCCGAACAGUUACAUUCCGAAGAUACCAUUUACGAGAACACUGAUGCAUUUAUGAUCCAUCCCAGCACACAAGCACCAUUCGAAGAAGCAGAGGAAUCAGAUACUUCCCUCGAUAACCAUAAUCAUGAAGUGCAAGCUUCCACGCUAGAGCGCACAGUUUCCCAAAUGACGCCGAUCCGCCCACCCAGAGGCAGAGCAGCAUCUGCACUGGGACCGCAUCCUCUACGAAAGAUGGUUGCGUCGUCGCCGGAAAAUGAUAUCAAUGCCGAAGCUCACAUGGAAAGUGUGAGUGAUUUUGAGGCGCUAGACGAAUUUGAUACCUCGGGACAAUUCAACCGUUUACCUUCCUCCAACUCAAUGGGAUUGGCACAUUCGCAGCUGCAAACGCUACAUACUCCACAACCUCCCCAGGGUCAUAAUUAUGUUGAGCCAUCUCCUCAGCUCCCACCUCCACUUUCAGCAAAGUCACUGAAGCUUGCAAUUUCCCAAAGAGAAGAGUUCUCUCAAAUGCGCAGAAUUAUGGCAACAGAGCAGAAGACACCCGCAGAGUACACUCUUCAUAUCGUUUUCACUCAGUUCGUUCGCCACGCUGAGCGCAAGUUGAAUAUGUGCCUUGAAUACCCUCUUCUGGAAGAACCACCCAUUCUAGAGCUCUUGGGCCAGGGCUCUGAUGCCAACUUUGAUAAUAUUGUUUCUGCGCUUGGUUACAUCGCAAAGCGUAAAUCGAAGCCUGUGAUUGACUCUGUGAUGUUCUGGAGAAAAUCCAAGAGUGAAGUAGCUGCAAUGGCAGCCUCAGAAGUGGAAAAGAUUUACUCUGUGGCGCAAGGUGACUUGGCAAGGAUUGCUUCAUCUAUAAGCAACUCAAGUAAACCUUCUCAACCGUCUGUUCUGCCGAAGGCAUCGAAGCCUCGUGGCAAGCGAAGUCUUUCACUCAUGCAUACGAAAAGUUUGUCCAAGUUGACUCACAAGAGAAACAACUCCGCAUCUGUGGUUUCAACCACAUCCAACGAUAGAAAAAAAUCUCUUGAAGUGCCGGACACAGAGUCACUGGAGUACUCUAGACAGCGAAAGUAUUACGAUGAGCAGAUCUCUCAGGCUCGCGACACAGCUGUUCAAGCAGAAAGAAAGUCGCUAGCAUCUAUCUACAUUUUAUGCCGGGUGUUGAUCGAAGUGGUCAAGCAGGCCUCAUAUGAAGCGGUUGGCGACGAUUUGGGUGGAAAGCUUGAAGAAAUUGUCUACACCCAAUUGCGUACCACAGACCCUGUAACUACAAGAGAAUCAUUUGUGCGUCUGGCAAACUGGAAUUUGUUCGCCGAACUCUUGGGGUACAUGUCUGAAAAGCGCUUUUUGAGUGUCAGCGACCGUUUCAUUGCAGAUUUGGAAAAGGUUCCAACCACCGUCAAACAAGCAGACGAGCCUAAUAUCAAACUUCUCGUUCAUGGCAUGAAGCAUCUCAAACUUUCCAUAUACCCUCUCGAAAAGUUUGAGGAAAGUGCAGAAUUCCUUCAAUCAAUCACAAAAUUCUUUUCUGCAUCUCAGAAUCAUGGUGUCCUUAUCGCAUAUGCUAAGGUAUUGAGCAACCUUUUACUUCCAUUGGCAACACUGCUCACAGCGGAAGCAAAUCACCCACUAUGGGUUGAGACGACCACCAAAAUCUUCAACAAAGCUGUUUUGUUGUGCAAUUAUUCUUCUUUGAGAGCAACUAAUGGUGCACCACCUCUGAUUCCGUCGACAGCAUCGACAGAGGAGAUCACGGCAUCAACCAAUGAUUGGGCUACAUCCGUCGAAUUGAUGACCUCUGCUCUAUGUGUCUCUUCCAAGGAGCUUUUUGCCAAACACUGGUUUGAGGUUAUCAAGACAAAUGCUGCUAAACUUAAGCCAAAGAGCGACGUGGCAGACAAAACAAAGUUGAUGAUUUGUGCAUCUAGACUUCUUUGGGUUUAUAUGAAUCGUCUUCCCGACACUCUCAAUAACACUAUUGAGCGUCUAGAUAGCUUCUUUCAGUUUUUGUUUUUCAGCCCUCAAGUGUCUAGCAAGAAGCAGUGGAUCGUCUUAGAUAGUGGGUUGAUUAACGCUUUGUCAGAGGUUAUAAGAAUUGUUGGAUUUCAUCAUUUUAAUUACGUCUUGGAUAACGUGAUUUUGAAGUUAUUGAAUAGCAGUUUCAACGGUCUGAGUUUGGAAAAUGCUUCAUCAGAGAAGCUUAUUUUGGUCAUAGAGUCCUACAUGCUUUGUUUGAAGGAUUCAAAGCUGGGCGAUAAACCUAGCUUUCCUACCGACAAAGUAUUCCAAGAGGAAUUCGCUUUGCAAUUUUCGUCUACCGAUCAUAACAGAAAAAACAAGAUUUCAAUCGCUGACGAGCAAAUGAGCGAGCUUCGGAGGUGGAAUAAAUUCAUGUUUGACUUCAAGAACAUCAAGAACUUCGAGACACACGAAGACAUUUGUCGGACAAUCGCAGUUUUGUUCAAACUUCUCGAUAACCGCUGUGGAAUGACUGGGUGGACUAGUUCACAAGGACCAGCAUCUUUGGGUAACAGUGUUAAAUCAUCGUUUUCAAACUUGCCGUUUGGAUUGGAUUUCUCCUAUCAAAGCUCCAGAGAUGCUUUCAAAGAUUUGUUUGCUGCAACCAUCAAUGCGUGUCCAUGGUCGAUCAUUCCUCUUGCAAGCGAGAAGGGCGGCUCUGGCAUUGGAAUAACCUUCAAAGCUUGCGCUGAAAUUCUUAUCAGAAACAGUAUCCACUACAAUACCCAAAUUGCCAAUGCAUCAGUCAACGCAUUAUUGAAGUUAGCUUCACGGAAAAAUGCCGGUGAGUUGAUUGCUACGUUUGGUAAAGUUGCAUUCCGGCUUACGGAGAAACCUGGCCCACUGUACGAUUCUGAUUAUUUCAACUCUGAGGAAUUCUUGAGAUUAUUGAGAAUUUAUGUUGAGCUUUUGAGAUGUUGGUCUAUGCAAUUUUCGCCGGAGACCGAACAUUUUACAGCUCAAGAAAGCGGAGAGAAUGAGCUUAUGAACAAUGACGUUCUUAAUGAUCUCUAUCAAAUCAACUACAAGGCACCAGACUUGACAAACUUGGACAUUCCCACAACCAAAUGGAAGCCUUCUGAAGAGCUUGAAUGGAAGAAUAUUGUUACUGUUAUUGAAGAGGUCGAAGGUAAUGGUCUCUUUUUCUUAUGUUCACAGGACAGUCAUGUCAGGGCCUUGUCUCUUUCAAUUUUGAGAAUCGUUGAACAAUUUGACCAAUCGCUAUACAAUCUCACGGACAGAAAAAGAGAAGCCACGCCUGGCUCCAACGGUUCUGUGAAGGGGCACUCUCGCAAUUCUUCGAAAUAUGUGGCAGAUGAAGGAACAAGGUUGAUUCAUGUUCUCGAAGAUGUGGAUCUAAUGACUCUUUUGAAACCACUAAAGCGCGAUUUGAGUGUACCCGAACGCACAAGGCUCUCCAAAAUCAAGGCCAAGAAGGGAUUGUUGGCUAAACUUGCUUCCUCAGACCAUGGCAUCGAUAGUACCAUUUGGUUUAGAAUUUAUCCAAGAUUGCUUGACAUUUUCUUCGAAAGGUGUCCUAUGCCAGUUGCAAUGUGUCGUUCGAUAGUUUGCGUGAGACUAGUGCAAAUGCAUGAGUUGGUUCUUGACUUUUCGGACAAUUUCAAAAACUACACAUCCUCGCUUUUUACCCGCAACUCAACGUCAACACCUCCAGAGAUUCUCAUCAAUCAAUGGAAGCUCUAUCUUAUUUUUGCGUGUUGCUCCUUGACAAGUACGAAUGACCAAAAAAUUUCGUUUCCAUCUCAGCCAACCCAUGGCCACAAAAAACUGAUGACAAUGUACAUUCAGCACCAAAAGAUAACUAGCGCAAAAUCCGUCUUCCGUAUGGUGCUACCACUACUCCGAUCCCUACAACCAAUGAUCAGAGAAGCUGUUAUCACAGGCUUGAGCUCAAUCAACAUUAACAUUUUCAAGACACUCGCUGAAAACCUACCAGAAUCAAUGAAUGAUUGGAAUUCUAACGUUCUAAGGAGAGAUGUCGCGGAGGAUCGGGUUCGAAUUGAAACCGUUCAUAUUCUCAGCAUCAUAACCAGCAGAUUCAAAUCGAACAGUCUUCUUUAUUAUGAUGAGAAUACCGUCGAGAACCUUGUUUCGAUUAUCAAAAAUGUGAAGGCAUUCUUGUCACUUACCGCAGUUCAAACACUGCCUGAAUAUCAACGUUUGCGGUGUUAUUUUGCUGCACUCCUUGAAAAUGUGUUUGUUGGAUUGAAAGAGAAGCUGGACCUUAAUACCUGGCUUCCAUUCGAGGCGCGUAUUGGGUGCUUCAACUACCUCAAGGAGUGGUGUGGGUUUGGCGAUUCAAAGGACGUUCUUGAAGAAAGAACCCAAAUAAUGACGCAAGCUGCACAGCAAUCGAAAGAGCCCGCUACGGCUUUGCAUGGCAACAAUAUGUUCGGGGCAUUGAAGCAGUCACUCAUAGUUCCUGGAAAGACAGCUGUUCUUUCGUUUGAUAUCAAGAGUGUCAUGAACUGGGUGCACGAGAUAAUCAAUUCUUCCAACGAGCGUGUGCAAGAGAUGGGUAAGUCGGCUCUCACAAACAUAAUGGAUAUCAAUAUCAACAGUGACGACAUCUAUGAAGAGGUUUUACGGCAGUGCUACAAUCUGGAGAAUUCUUCCAAGGUCAAAGAGGUGUACUAUACAAAUUUAGUGACUUCUUUCCUCAAUCAUCGUGAUAUUGACAAGAUGCCAUACGACUUGUUCUGUCUCUCAACUUUUUUGGUUGGCACAGAGAGCUACCAAACUCGUGUAUCAGCGAUUGAAUGCUUGAAGUCCAUUGAAAGUCGCUUUCUCAAUACGACGACAGCAGACUAUUUCACUGAGAGUGUGUGUUGUACGACUAUGGUGGUCUACAAAAAGGUGCUUUUCGAGAUUUCUGUGAAGCUCGCGUCUCUUCAUUCCAAAGACUCUUUCACUUAUAUCAGUUAUUUGACUAAAUAUUUCAACUUGGUCGAUAAUUCCACCAGAAGAGACAUUUUGGCUUGCUUACUUCCUUGGGUCCAAACCGUCGAACUCAAGUACAAAGGCAAAGAAGAUGAUGCUGUUGAGAAAACAGGACCCCAGUCUUCAUCCCAACCUUUUAACAAUGAGAUUGAUGCUCCCUCUUUAAUGGUCCUCAACAAUUUGUUCGAAAUCACUGUCAAAUUCAGCAAAAAGAUCAGUAAUGAAGUCGAGGCCUUGUGGGUUGCUUUAGGUACGAAGCAAAGUAAUUUUGACAUCAUUGUGGAGUACAUUAUGAGAAAUUGUCUUGAGAGGAGAAAUUCGAGCUUCGUUUCGUAUUCAAGGCAAAUCAUAGCAUAUUUGGUUUAUUCACAACCUGACUCUUCAGUCAUCAUCGGCAAAAUGAUUGACAAUUUGCAACCGAAAGCGAUGGUCCCACAUCCAUUAUCCCAGGCAGCAUCAAAGACGGCAGAUCUUGUGGAGGGUUUCCCAUAUACGGCAAACUUGACAGAAUUGCUCUCUCACAACUCGAAGGAGUCGGCUUUCUCACUUGGACAAUUAUCAAUGGUGUUCUUGGUGGAUUUGUUCAGAUCCAAUAACGAGAUGAUCAUUCCGCAUUUACCUUUACUUUUACAUGUUUGCUUCUCCUUACUUGACCACUACUUCUAUGUUGUCCAAGAACAGGCUGCUUCAUUAUUGAUCCACUUGGUGCAUUCGAUUGCACCAACCAGUCCCAAGUCAGCUCAAACUAUUGAUAUCUUGAGACAGAAAGAUCAUUUAAAGUAUCUUUGGGUGUACGAUGACCUCAACAACGAUAAGAAAGGAGGCAUCACACCUAGAAACAUGGACACGCUUGUUAGAAAAAUACUUGAGAUAUUUGCACCCUCUGUUCCCAACUUGCAGGCUGACUGGAGCCGUGUCUCAUUAAAAUGGGCCACCACCUGUGCUGUGCGUCAUAUUGCUUGUCGAUCAUUCCAGAUCUUUAGAUCUCUUUUGACGUUUCUCGAUCAAACGAUGCUUAAAGAUAUGUUGCAUAGACUAUCUAACACAAUCGCUGACGAAUCUUGCGAUAUUCAAGGAUUUGCAAUGCAGAUAUUGAUGACCUUGAACGCUAUUACUGCGGAGCUAAAUUCUGAAAAUCUCAUUGACUUCCCUCAACUUUUCUGGUCGAGUGUUGCAUGUCUUUCCACGAUACACGAGCAUGAAUUUAUCGAGACAAUAUCAACCAUGUCUAAGUUUGUGUCAAAGAUCGACCUUGAUGCGCCAGACACCAUCUCAUGCCUCAUCUCCACAUUCCCACCGAAAUGGGAGGGUAAGUUUGAAGGGUUGCAACAAAUCGUCAUGGUAGGAUUGAGAUCGUCCGUUGCAUGGGAGCCUACGAUAAAGUUUUUGGAUAAACUCAACCAUUUGAAAGAUAGUGAAAUUAUUGGCUCUGGUGACCAUCGUCUUUUUGUUGCAGUUAUUGCCAACUUGCCGAGAUUUCUUCAUGCCCUUGGGGAGCAAAAUAUCACUCCAGAAAUCGAGAAUGCUUGUAACCUCAUAGGAGAGAUGGCCGCGACAUGCAACAAGCCAGCCCUAGCGAGAAUAUUGAAUUCGCUUGCAAAAUCCAGAUUCAGGUCAAAGAAAGAUUUCUUGGUGCAAACAAUAUCUACUUUGAAGGUCAGUUUCUUCCCGGAGUACGAAGCUCAAACCUUAGUCCUUUUGCUCAGCUUGCUUUCGAACCAGAUUCCAUGGGUGAAGCUCGAGACAUUGAACAUAUUAAAGCACACCUUCCCGCUCGUCGACUUGCUGAAGGACGAGUUCGUUGGUGUAGGAGCAGAUCUUAUUUCUCCAUUAUUGAGACUUCUUCUCACAGAGUACGCGGAGCCAGCGCUUGAGGUGCUUGAUGAAGCCGUCGUGAUUUCUGGUUCGCAGCUUGAUAAAGACAUUUUGAGAAUGAGUUUGGGUAAUUCAUCCAUGAAAAAGGAAUAUGAGCAAACAGCUACGUUGUUUGGAUUUCCAGAAGAGAGUGGGUGGGCAAUUCCUAUGCCUGCGGUCACAGCUGCCAGUACUAGGAACAACAUCCAUGCUGUUUUUGAAACCUGCAAUGAGAGUAUGACGGUUGACGAGAAGCAGAAAGAUUUCGCCAACGAAGAGAUCGAAUUCUUGAUGGAAGAUUACUACGAGCCGGAGUCCGAUCAUGCAGAUGCUGCAUCCACAGCAAACGAGGUACCCGGUGCCACACUUAGUAAUAUGUGGGCCGCUCUAGAUGACUUUGAUUCGUUCUUUACAAAAGACACAGAGCAAAGGGCCCAGAUAGUUUCAAGCAUGGCUACGAAUGGCAGGAACUUCUCUGGCAAGAACGCGGCCUACCACGCUCACUCAGCAUCCAUUGACACCAAGGAAAGCAACAACAGUGACUUGACAUCACCAAUUGACUCAGCACCACAUGUCUACGACAAGAAGGCUCUUGUUAUCUUGAACAGAAGUUUGGCAAGAACUCAAUCCAACACCUCAUUCAAGAGCAGCUUGGCAGACACUUUCGGCAGCCCUAGUGCUUACGGACCACUGGAAAAUCCUGGAACUCGAAAGUCUUAUAUUCCCUUCAGGAGCAGCAGAGUCGCUAAAAAGCAGGAUUCCUUCACGACACCCAAGGUGAACCCAGGAACACCCUCGUUCGAGCAGCCGGGCCUGAGCUCUGCGAAGACUCUCAAAGGCAGCCCAUCCCUUUCACUCCAUCACUCCAAGACAGGAGGGUCUCUGGAUGCUGUCAAUGACAUACCCAAGCUAGAAUCGACUACUAGGUUGGACAAUAUUCUAGGAGGAGGUCGUAAAAGGAACAGAAAAUAG